CUACCUACAUUUGAUGAGAAAUUGAUAUAUAUAGCACAAAAUCUGAAAAUGACAAGCUUUGAUUACUCUCAAUUUAGUGGAAUUCAAAAAAUUUCCAGUGGAGAAUAUGCGCAAGUGUACUCGGCCACUUUUCAAGGAAAAAAGUAUGCAUUGAAAAAUUUUAAUACAAGCCUGUCCAUAGAUGACUGUUCCAUUGAACUAAUCAGGCGUGAGGUAAAAUCACGACAAUAA